AGAGAGAGAGAGAACACCAAAGCGCUGGAAGAAAAGAGUUUUCAGGGAUCUACAGUUUCAUGUACAUAUUUAUUAAAAGAUAUUAAAGCUGUCCUGGCGCAGAAGAAGGUUCUCAGGUAGCUCUGGAUAUCUGCUCACAGACUUUUAGUCCUCUUUCUCUGGGUUGUCCCAUCUCCAUCGCUGGAACUUACUGUGAUUGAUUUGUUUUUGUGUUCCUCUAUGUCUCUUACUGACUUUCCUGUUAACCACACCACUUAUCUGGACUGGGACUGAUUAAUGUGUGGUUGAUGCAUGGGGCCCUCAAGCUGUUGGUGUUGCUGGUGACUGUUCCAUGCGUGUGAGGAAACUUUCAGCUCCUUGAUCCUGUGUGAGGACUUUUACUGUGCACAGCUGGAGAAAAGGGAUAAACCUGUUUUGGUGUUUUCUACAAUUUAUGCCUCAUCUGCAGCAAAGGCGAGGACAAGUGUCCAGUUCCUGUUGGUGCGAGUGAAGUUGUCAACAAGAGGAGUGCAGAGGCGACCUGGCAGGUGUCCAAGUGAGUUUACACGUGUGCUGCUAGUCAAGUCCUGUUGCUAUAAAUAGACGCUGUUUUACGCACUAAAAUCAGAGAAACAGCAGCUGGUGGGCUGUGCGUAAAACGUCCCACCCUACCUGCGCCGUCUUGACAGGACAGGUCAGGACAGGACAGGACAGCGCCUCCUACUCGCUUUGGCUCUGCAUGGACUGACAUGGCCACGGACCUCGCCAUGAGCGCUGAUCUUCCCAACAGUCCCCUGGCCAUAGAGUACGUGAACGACUUCGAUCUCAUGAAGUUCGAGGUGAAAAAGGAACCUCCUGAAGCCGAGCGUUAUUGCCACCGCUUACCUCCAGGCUCUCUGUCCUCCACACCGAUCAGCACGCCGUGCUCCUCCGUGCCUUCCUCACCAAGUUUUUGCGCACCGAGUCCUGGCGCACAGCCCGUCCAGACCCUAGGAGUUAACAACAACAACAGCAACAACAACAAUAACAACAACAACAGCAGCAGCAGCAGCAGCAAUGGUGGAAACAACAGCACUCAAGGCGUCUCGGGUAAGCCCCAACUGGAGGACUUCUACUGGAUCCCGAACUACCAGCAUCACAUCAGUCCCGAGGCGUUGAACUUGACCCCUGAGGACGCCGUCGAGGCGCUGAUUGGCAACGCGCACCACCACCAUCACCAUCACCACCAGCCCUACGACACGUUCCGCGGGCAGCAGUACGUCGGCGAAGACCUGACGACCUCGUCGAACGGCUACCACCACGCGGCGCACCCGCACCACGCGCACCACCACCACCACCACCAUCACGGGCACCACGCGCACACGCGCCUCGAGGACCGCUUCUCGGACGAGCAGCUGGUCAGCAUGACUGUGCGCGAGCUCAACCGGCAGCUGCGCGGCUUCAGCAAAGAGGAGGUGAUCCGCCUGAAGCAGAAACGGCGCACGCUGAAGAACCGCGGGUACGCGCAGUCGUGCCGGUACAAGCGCGUGCAGCAGCGGCACAUGCUCGAGACGGAAAAGUGCACGCUGCAGAACCAGGUGGAGCAGCUCAAGCAGGACGUGGCGCGUCUGGCCAAGGAGAGGGACAUGUACAAAGAGAAGUACGAGAAGCUGGCAGGCCGGACCUUCACCGGCAGCAGCAGCGCCAACCGGGACCCAUCCAGCGGCAAACCCUCAUCUGCGGAUUUCUUCAUGUGAGAACUGUUUCAGCUCCCUUCGUUUUCAUUUUGGCCCACACAAACUGAUUAUUAUUAUUAUUAUUAUUAUUAUUAUUAUUAUUAUUAUCUGAGUGUGAACUUUUUUUUUUUUUUUGGCUACACGUCCUGCACAGCAAAAUCCUUCAAUCCUGAACAUGUCUCCAUAAAAGCUCUCUGAGGAGGACUCGAGUGCACCUUUUAUUGUUACCCUUGCCACAAAAAGAGACACUUUAAUGUGUCUCUUUUGUCUACAGAAUUGCAUUUAAAAAAAAAAAGAAAAAAAAAAGGGCUUCCCGGUCCAAUUGUGUCCCUGAAAUCAUCAAGGUCCACUCUGUCAACAAGGUGAAAAAGAGACACAUUAAACCGAGCUUGCAGAAGAUAAGGAAAGAACAAGAAGGAAGGGAAAAAAAAAAAAAGAAAAAAAGCCAAGGACUUGCAUCAUUACACAGAAACCCAGGCGCCAUGUUUCCGGUAAGGCGCACAGCGCGUGAUGCUGCCGCACAGACUGGUUGUGCGCGUGCAUUUGACGAUCAGCUCUCGAAGUCUUAACGGUCGUGUUCAGAGAGCAGCUGGGCACUGACCUCACCUCCGACCUAAACAUGGAUUCAUGGAUCACCUCCAGACUGCGUGCUUUCUGACUCAGUGCAUUAGCAUAUAGCGUUUUUAAUAAUAAUAAUAAUAAUAAUAAUAAUAAUAAUAAUAAUAAUGUCUUAUAUGGUCUUACAACCAGUGGUGUAGCCUGUUGGUGUUCUCAGACUUUUGCUCAGACAACACGAUGCACGAAACGUGUGGAACUGAAAUGUUUGUUUAUUUUUCAUCGGACUCUAGAGGAAUUUGCAACCCAACGAAUGAAUGAAAAAACGGAGGGGGGGCAAUUGUCGGACCUGGUUUUUUAGUAUAGUCCUAGCACCUGAGAAGGAAGCAUUGCAGCCUGCAUCCAUGCAUCCUCCAACCCUGCAUGCGGGACAUGUAUGGUCACUAAAUCUCCAAACCCUUUGUAUCUUUCCCAUACACUUGGAUGAAAAACAAAAAAAAACAAACAAAACAAAAAACCGCAAAGCAUGACCCUUAAUCACCAGCCCUGUAUCGCCCUUCUUCUCCAUCUUCAGUCUGUCCUGAACAGUCUAAUGUAAACUCUUUAGACUUUUAGUAAAGAUGCACUGAAGGAAUUACUGUAGAACACAACCUGCAAAACUGCAAGAGUCCAGGAAGGGUGUUGGUUUUUUUUUUGUUUUUUCACCACUGUUUAUUUUCUUCCUAUUUCUUUUCCUUUUUUAAAAUGUUCAAAGUAACAAAAAUAGUGCCACACAGAAUAACAAACCGAACUGAGCCAGAUUUGACUUAUUUAUUCUCACAAUGUGUAAAUAUGUAGAAAUCAGCUCGUGUGUUUAUUUUGAAAUUAUUCCCCUCCUUCCAAGUAUUUUUUCCCCUUGUUGUUGCUAUUGUUGCUUGUUUAUUUAAAAAAAAACAUCUUAACUGCAAUGUUUGUAUGUAAAAGCAUGCAAAUAGAUCAACGAUAUUCUUUCUAUCGGAUAUGUACAAUAAUAUAAGAAGGGAUGCGAUGCCUACUGCACUGGAACAGAAGGAAUUGGGAAGAUGCUGCGAUCCAUUUCUCUUUUAAUCAAAGGUGACAUGAAACACUUGGACUUCAGUCGCUGCUACAUCCUUUAUAUAUAUAUGUAUGUAUAUUUAUCACAGGACUCAAAAUGAAAUUUAAUGUGCAUUUCUUUGUGCAUAAAAU